UGUAUGUACAGCUGCCUUACUCUGCACUGAAUGCGCUGUAGUGAGGCUGGUCUCUCAUUAAACAUAAACUGAUUCUCAUCUUUAAAUACACUGGAAGCUGCAAAUUAUCUCAAGAUCACUUCAGAGGUCUCAUCCAGCAGAAGGUGACGCUAGGAGACGAUUUAAAGGUGAAAAUGACAAGGUUUCCACCCCUCAAACCUUGGCCACUUUUCUGACAACAGUCGAAGAGCUCUGAUGUCUAAUUUACUCUGGGAAUAGGAUUGGUAACGAGAGAGAGAAUUUUUUCUUCUUUCUAAUCCUGAUAAAGAAGAUUAUUGGGAAGCUGUUUUAACAUCUCUUAUUGUGGUACAGAUGGAUUUAAAUAAGUGUUAGAUCUUUCCAAUGAACACUAAUAGAGAGCUCUGCUCUUGGUUGGAUUACUCAGAGAAUGGCAAUGGUCUCUGCAAUGUCCUGGGUCCUGUAUUUGUGGAUAAGUGCCUGUGCAAUGCUGCUCUGUCAGGGGUCCCUCCAUCACACUUUCCAGCAGCAUCACCUGCACAGACCAGAAGGAGGAACGUGUGAAGUUAUAGCAGCACACAGAUGUUGUAAUAAGAAUCGAAUUGAGGAAAGAUCACAAACAGUAAAAUGCUCCUGUCUACCUGGGAAAGUGGCUGGGACAACAAGAAACAGACCUUCCUGUGUUGAUGCUUCGAUAGUGAUCGGGAAAUGGUGGUGUGAGAUGGAGCCGUGCCUAGAGGGGGAAGAGUGUAAGACGCUGCCUGAUAAUUCUGGAUGGAUGUGUGCAACCGGCAAUAAGAUCAAGACCACCAGAAUUCACCCAAGAACCUAACAGAGUCUUCUGGAUGGAUGCAAUGAAAGCACCGCUGAUUUAGAGGACAAAACAUUAAAAGUUUAAACCAUCUCAACAUUUACAAGCCAAAUGGAUUUCUUAUUUGCACUUUUGACUGUUUACCACAUAAUAACAGUGGCUUUACUGUCUGAAAUAAAAAUCUUCUGUGGAAGUAAUGUCCCAGAUUUUUGACAACAGAAAUGGAAAAACAAACAACAACAAAAAACCCGAAGAAAAUGGUACUUUUGGUAAAGUUUUCGUGACUACAAAGUAUGGACGCAAUCGGAUCUACCGUUUAUACUAUUUAAAAGUAUAUAUAAAUAUAUAAAUAUAUGAUAUUUUGAAAUAAAGCCUCAAUCUUCAAGAAACUGAAUAGUACCACACUUUGCUGCAGCUGCUGUAGUAUACAUUUUUUUUGUAACGGCCUGGAAGACGCCUACCAGUUUCAGAGAGAAAUAUGGCAGUAAAAAGGGGAAAGCAAACCUGCUGCAGUCUGAGGACACCUAGAGCUAAGACGCCUACCGAGGCAUCAUCGGGAGCUUCCUUUCUUUUUUUCCAACGGGAUAUUGGAGGAAUUGCAUUCUUACUUUUUCUUGUAUUCUGGAGGCUUUUUUCCCCCUUGUGCAAUACUAGCAUGCUGGCUUUGCUUACAUAACCAUACUUUAUACUUAAUUGAUAUAUAACAGUGAUGAUUCUAUCCUCUUCCAAGAAAAUAUUUUUAGAGCUAUUAGAUAUUCCAUGAAGAAGAGAAGGACACCUGUCAAGUAAAGUACAGUAUGUAUUCAGAGUUUCUUUGGCAGAGUUUGGGGGCUCCCUCCUUAUUGAGGAUGUUCUGUACGUGCAAUGUCUACAGACUUUGUAUAGCUGGUAUAGACUAUAGUAAAAACCCGAUUACUAA